UCGAAGCGAUGGGUAAGUGCGUGUGUACAUGCCCGUAAAGGUUGCAAGUAUGAGGCAAGAAAAGGCGAGGGUAAUGUUGAACAUCGAUGGAGCUCAUGUAAUUUGGUCAACAAGUAUUAAGGGUUUCAGUAAGUGAUUAAAUGUUUGACGUUUACCGGCUGCGCGGAGUCGAUAUGUGUUGAUGUGCCAUGGCUCCGCGAUGGUUUCACCUCUGUGCGCUGGUGUUCUGUCCUCCUCACGGUAUCCGGAUGGGAAAUCUCUGCAGAAAAGUGGCACACUGGCCUCGCAAUUAAUUCCAGAAUUCUCCAACAUCGGCAAAGUAUUAUAAAGAUAUGGAUAAACACUGCAGAGUGAAGGGUGAAGACACGUCAAAGGCAGCAAAGCGCAAGGAAAACAAACAGAAACAUGGACGGCUUUUUCGAAAGAAAUCAUUGAAGUCGGUGGGGAGUUUUGUAAAUAAAAUUAUCAAAACUUUGGGCACUUUUACCCACUUUGGAGAUGUUGCAGUUCAGGGCCCAGAGGAUGACGAUGGAGGGUUUCGUGACGGGACACCUUGUAACAUCAGUACCAACUCAGAAAAUAUCAAAGAGGAUGUCCAUGUCGCCGGGGAUGAUUCUGUUAAAAAUAAUUCGAUAGCUUCUUCCCGUUGCUCGGUGAACGAGAGGGUUUUAUGGUGCUAUGGUGGCAAAAUUCCAGGUGUUCUAGGCUUGAAAAAUCAUGGGAACACCUGUUUCAUGAACGCCGUGGUCCAGUGCUUGAGCAACACUGACCUGCUCGCAGAGUAUCUCGGGUUGGAGCGGUACAAAUUGGAUUUGAGUCGAAGGAGAAUUAAUGGGAUUGUUAAAAGUGAAGACACGCAGCAUGCCAGAGGUGAAGUCACGGAGCAGUUGGCAUCACUUGUUAGGGCACUCUGGACUCUGGAAUACAUCCCGCAACUGUCAGUGGAAUUCAAGAGUAUAGUAUCCAAGUAUGGAUCCCAAUUCCGAGGAAACUCCCAACAUGACGCCCUGGAGUUCCUGCUUUGGCUUCUGGACCGAGUUCACGAAGAUGUCAACUUGUCCUCCUGCAGCAACAACAAUAACAAGACCAAAGCCCCAGGGAAGGGCCCUGGUAUAUCAGAGAAGGCGAUGGUCACUGAGACGCCCCACUCGCAGCAGCCCGGGGCAUGCCACAGCUUUGUACAGGAACACUUCCAGGCACAAUACAAGUCAUCGCUGACCUGCCCUCAUUGUCAUAAACAGAGCAACACCUUUGACCCUUUCCUCUGCAUUUCACUUCCCAUCCCUCUGCGCCACACCAGGUCUUUGUGUGUUACUCUGGUCUUCAGUACGAAGGGCCAGAGAUACCUGCGCAUCGGGCUGGCUGUGCCUCUCUUUGGUUCGCUGGCCUUUCUUAGAAGGAUGUUGGCGGAUGAGGGGAAGAUCUCCCCAGACCAGGUGAUCCUGACAGAGAUCUACACCACAGGCUUUCAGCGCUCCUUCUUUGAUGAGGAGGAUCUGACAUGCAUAGCCGAGACUGACAUCAUCUAUGCCUUCCAGGCCCCGCCCCUAUACAUCAGAGGAGGCUCUGCACUACUCUCAGGGUACCACCACAGCCUGCCGUCGUCGCCGUACUCCUCCGGGCCCGAAGGUCAAAGGUUACCUCCAUCCGGAACGUUGUCAUCAGAGUUCCUGAACCAUGGUGUACCGGUGAAGAUCCUGUUGCUGGUGUGCAACGCUGCCUGGAAUGCCCAGCAGGCUGUCAGGUUUGGACCUCCGUUCCUGAUGAGGGAGGACCGCUCCACCUCCUGGGACCAGCUGCAGCAGAGCAUCCUCAGCAAGCUCUACUACCUGAUGAUCAACGGAGCACAGGCCCAGAAUGCCAGAGUGCUGUUUAAGAUCCGUGUGGUGGGAGGAUCAGCGUCCUACAGCUACCUCUCCCCCCAGGAUGGACGGCCGCUCUACCACCCAGCAGUGAACAGAGCUCUUAAUCUCUGUGGCUCAGGAGGACCGCCCCAUGUGAAGCUCAUCAUCGAAUGGGAACAGAGAAUAAAAGACUGCCUGUUUGGGAACAUCCAGGAGGAGGUGGUGAAGGAUGCUGAGAGUGUGAGAGGCCAGCAUCAGCAGCACGUCCAGCAGCACAGUUGUACUCUGGACGAGUGCUUUCAGCUCUACACUAAAGAGGAACAGCUUGGCCCCGACGAUGCAUGGAAAUGUCCCCACUGUAAGCAGCUGCAGCAGGGCAUGGUGAAGAUGAGCCUGUGGACGCUGCCUGACAUCCUCAUCCUCCACCUCAAGCGCUUCCGGCAGGUGGGCGAGCGCCGCAACAAGCUGGCCACGCUGGUGCGCUUCCCCCUGGACGGCCUAGACAUGGCGCCCCAUGUGGUGAAGAGGAGUCAGAGCACCCGGCUGCCCCCCCAAUGUCCUCUGCCCCCCCACGGUCCUCUGCUCCCUGGCCCCCUGCACCCGGCCUGGAAACAGCCCUGCCCACCCGACGUGGCCCCUCCAGACUUCCUAUAUGACCUCUAUGCCGUGUGUAACCAUCACGGAGGCAUGCACGGGGGACAUUACACAGCGUUCUGCAGGAACUCAUUGGAUGCCCAGUGGUAUGGGUAUGAUGACAGCAGUGCAGAGCCAGUCACAGAGGGGGAGGUGUGCACACGGGGAGCCUACAUCCUCUUCUACCAGAGACGCAACACCAUCCCUCCAUGGUCAGCCAGCUCCUCUCUCAGAGGCUCCACCAGCUCCUCCACGUCAGACCACUGGCUGAUCCGUCUGAUGCGGGACAGUAAGAGGGGCAGCCUGUUCUCUGGGGGAUCCACCUCUGGCCCUCCUGGCCCCACACCAACCCCCGAAUCCCCAGAGCUCCCUGUGUUCGAGGACGAGCCUCUCAAAACAGAGACAGAUGGGUUUGAGAAUAAGCCAUUUGUCAGAGGCACUCAGGGCAGGAGCGUGAGCAUGAGGUCACCCACUAAGACCAAGGACACCCUGAGCAAAGUGCUGCCCCUGCGCUGGUCCUUUGGUUCCAAGGACCGCCCCAAACCCUCCGCCCCCAGGCGAGGGGAGCUGGUGGAGUACCUGGAGUCAGGGCGCAGGCCGCGGUGCACCAAGGACCCCAUCAUCACCCUAGUGGCCACCCCACCCCAGGGCGGGCACAGGGACCUGGGCAGCUCCCCCAGUGUCAGCAGCCUGAGCUGCAUGGACAGGUCCAACUCUGAGGCCUGCGACUCCCCAAGAGUACCAGAGGGCCAGAGCAGGCCUGCCAUAGAGAGGAGCUCCAGCCUGGGGCUCAGUAUUAUCACUAAAGUCAGGGAUGACAGCUCACUUGGCCGGAGGUCCUCCAAGAGGUUCAGGCAGGACCAGGGCAGGACCCUGGACCCUCACCCCCAUAGAGGCUCUACUGAUGGGGUCCACAUCAGCCACAGUGCCCCCCCAAGUAGGGACUCUACACUGAAGAGGCCCAAGGCCCAAGCAGGGCUGACCUCCAGGGUAGGGGUGCUGCAGGCUGGUCUACAGCCUGAGGAGAGGAAGGGGAUGAGGGGUCAGGAGGUAAGGAGCCACGACAGCCUCUUGUCCUUUUUCAAAUCAGGCUUCCUGAAGAAAGACGCUCAGAGGACACCUAGCAAGGGGGAGGAAGUCCGGGCCAAUGGCCACGGACGAACCAGCAAGGUGGCAAACGGUAGUUUGUCUAAACUCUCCCUCUCCAAUGGGACCCUGAACGGUGUAGCGCUGGAGGAAAAGAGGGCCAACGGCGCCCCUAGAAGUGACUGCCGUCACAGCAAAGGGCAGCUUGUCAACGGGAGGGCAGGGAGUCACAGCUCUGCUGCUGACAUCAAGCGUGCCCACAGCUCCAGUAACAUCCAGACCAAACUGGACUUGACCCUGCGCAGGUGUGCCUCUCUGCAGAGGAACGGGCAGGUAGCUCCCCCGGCCCCCCGCAGCAGCCUAGCCACAGACAAGCCCAGCUAUGCCACCCUGCAGCGGGCACGCUACAGCACCACCUCCCUGGGCAGGCAGCAGAGACCCGUCCCCGAGUCCUGCUUCUGACUCCCUCCGCACCGUUAGGCUAAUUAGCUGCUGCCACAGCAGUAGAGUUAUCUGGCGUUUGUGUCUCUUUAUUUAGAGUUUGUGCCAAUGCUACUGCAAGGGUUAGCAUGUUAGGGUGAGCUGAGCAGUCUGGCCACCACUGCUAGAGCAGAGGAAUAGUCACAGUGUUACUAUAAGACAGGUUCUUAGGGAAGCUUUGCCAACAGCUGAUUUCAGUAAUGCAGUGCGUAACAGUUAACUGUCUGUCAUAGUCUUCUGUUUAAUGUAAGUGCCUCUGUGACAGUUCAGAAUGAUUGUUUGUUGAACACUGCUACCACGCUAUUGAUUGACACACAUCACAUCCAGACGGUCACCAGGUCUCUGUAGUAUAACCAUCAGAGCUGUUGUUUCUGAAGGGCAUCAUGUACCCUCUGUUAACACUGAUGUUAUUGACGUAUUGUCUUUGUGUGUAAAUGAAUCUAUGCAGACUGUGUACAAUGGAGAGGUACAACUGCUGUAUUGUGAUCAUAUUUAUUCCACAAACAUGUCAAGCAUCUGUCUUGGUUGUAUGCUGUCCUUGAUUUUCUAUUGAUGUAGCCAUGGAGGAAUAUCCUGCACAGAAAGAUUCAGUUAAAUGAUUGUCUGUCUGUGCUUCCACUGCAAACCUCAUACACUUAUGUUAUUGCUAAUAUUCAUCAUGUACCAUCUUCUGUCAGUGGCAACUGGCAACUGAAAGAAAUAAGUACUGUAAUAACCUGGUUUUUACACACCUGUUACUGACUCCCGUACUGUAACGACGGUGUGCGAUUGGAGGAAAAGUAAGGGUAGAGGAAUGAAAUGGUGAUUUAUGUUCGUAACUAACAUGAUUGAAAUACUGGGUUGAAAAGAGGGUAGUUUGCACACCAUGUACUCCAGCACAGUGAUGGUCCUGUAUACUCCACAAUAGAUUUAAUGGAUCUUGAACCAACGUUUGUGUCAAUCAGAACAUUCAUCAGGACCCUGAAAAAGGUCUAGAUAAUCUAGUUUAAGAUUCAUUGUGGAGCAUACAAGAAUACCAGACAGUAUCUAGGACUUUCUAUUUUAAAUCGAAAUGGAAAAUAAUUAUCAAAAAGAGCCACUUGAGUGUUUUGUACAUUGACUUGUGUGAACGUAGAUGGGUGCUAUUUGGUGAUGGUGAACUGUCGUGGAACCUCCUCACACCAGUGGUUUAGGUCAGCCCCUUAUAGAGCACCAGGGACAGACUGACAGCCCAUUUCAAGGCUUUUAAUGUCACUCCCUGUAUCUCCCCACUGCUGAGCUCCAGAGAAAGUUACUGCCUGUGUUUCACAAUAACUCACCAGAGGGGAUUAAACCUGCUCCCCUGUUGCCAUGGCAAACUCCCUUAAAGAUACCAACUGUGAAGGUGCUGCUGUCUGAUGUACUCUGUAGAGGGGCAGGGAUUUAUUGAUUUUCAUUAAUUUUCAACCCAAAACAUCUCUUGACUUAGCUUCCAAUAUACAAUACAUGACGAUCUAUUACAUUACAUGAAGAUCAUUGAGUAAUUGUUCCUAUAGAGUGCUGUAAUGCAUUUUAACUGUCAGCCAUAGGGUACAUGCCAAUUCAGAUAUAUGCACAUUCUGUGUAUGUUCUUGUCAGUGCAGAUUUCCCAGCAACAAUGGAUGGAAACGUAUGUGUGUUUUAUGUUAGGAGGGUGUAGAGCACAUGUGUUUGAGCUUUCAUCAACUGUAUAUGAACAUAUGUAGAAGUAAUAUUACCAACACAAUGGCAUACAGUGCUUCUGUAAAGGGAAAAAUACUAUCAGAGUGAAUGUAUUUAUCUAUUAGAUUUCUGAGUUACUUAAUUACUUAGGCCCAUCGCCCCAUGAGAAGCAUAGGCCAUCAACUGGCCAUCAACUGAGUUGACUUCAUGUAUCUGAAAUUAUAUAGAAUUUAAUCCCAAUGAAAUGAUACAAUCAUUUACUAUUCUCCUAAACUAUAAUGUUAAUGUGUAGGACAUAUGAUUGUGUUAGCAGACAUACGGUAGUAGCUAUGCAAUAUACUGGACUAUAUGGGAUGCCCCAUAUGCAUCAUUGUAACUUCUUCUAAUGGGGAUUGGUUGAUGACACUACACCAUCAACCAUCAUGACAAAUUGGUUGAUGACACGACACCAUCAACCAUCAUGACUAAUUGGUUGAUGACACUACACCAUCAACCAUCAUGACAAAUUGGUUGAUGACACGACACCAUCAACCAUCAUGACUAAUUGGUUGAUGACACGACACCAUCAACCAUCAUGACAAAUUGGUUGAUGACACUACACCAUCAACCAUCAUGACUAAUUGGUUGAUGACACGACACCAUCAACCAUCAUGACUAAUUGGUUGAUGACACGACACCAUCAACCAUCAUGACUAAUUGGUUGAUGACACGACACCAUCAACCAUCAUGACUAAUUGGUUGAUGACACGACACCAUCAACCAUCAUGACAAAUUGGCUGAUGACACUACACCAUCAACAUUGUCUGAUGACACUACACCAUCAACAUUGUCUGAUGACACUACACCAUCAACAUUGUCUGAUGACACUACACCAUCAACAUUGUCUGAUGACACUACACCAUCAACAUUGUCUGAUGACACUACACCAUCAACAUUGUCUGAUGACACUACACCAUCAACAUUGUCUGAUGACACUACACCAUCAACAUAGGCCGAUGACACUACACCAUCAACAUAGGCCGAUGACACUACACCAUCAACAUAGGCCGAUGACACUACACCAUCAACAUCGGCCGAUGACACUACACAAUCAACAUCGGCCGAUGACACUAGCUCAAAUGUUAAGCCCUCUUUUCUGUAUCACUUUGUUUACCAAAACAAGCACUUGUUUUGGAAGUGACCCUAAAUGAAGGAUGCUUUCCUUGGGGGGCAUGGGUUGACUAUAUUUUAUAUGCAACUUUUGUAAAAGUCUACAUUUUAUACCUGAUUUGUAAUUAUGUAGAUGAACUCUCCAGAUGAUCAAAUCAGAUAAUGUAUGCUUCUGAUUAGAGAGCAAUGUCAGGAUAAAGCACAAGUGGACUUUAAUUGUGAACUUAACAUAUAUAUUGUAUCUGCUUAUUACCAUACUGGAAUUUAUUUCAAUUGCAAAUUAAACACAGCUUUUCUCACAA